ACACAACUCGCAGCACCACUCAACACCACCUCUCCCUGCCCAAUCCUCUCAGUCCAAUGUGCCUCCGUCACUGACACUCAUCCGUGCUCACCUCUGGGGCAAUUUAAUUGCGGAUCGGAUUCGCGCGGCUCAAGCAGUCUAAGAGGCGCUAUUUGCUCAACGCAACACACCACCUGCCCCCUUCGUGCCUCUUGCAGGUGUCGUCCUCGUCGCGUCUACCCUCGCACCUCCUCGUACCUCUACUCUUGCGACGCCGCUACAUCACACCCCCGCACUACGAACGUGCCAUGAGCGAACCCGGCCCGACGACGCCUCUCUCGGAAAGCGGAUCGACGCCUCCUUCAUCAAUCCGCAGGGCGCACUUCCCGCCCACGCCGUCCUCGACCGCCCAGCCCGAGGCCGAUCCCGCAAGCGUGUCUCCAGUCCUGCGGGCCAUCGGGUGUCGCACGGCGUGCUGGCAGCGCUUUGAGGUCACUCCCGACCAAUACACACGCUUUCGCGCGGACCUGGCCGCGCGCCCAUACUUGGCGGACAAACUCAGGCUCGAUUACGACUCGGAGGAAGGGGAGCUAGUCCUGCGCAUGCCCGACCCCGUGCACGACAACACCGCCGGAGGGCUGCAGGACGCUCUCUUCGCCAAAGUGCAAGCUCUCGUCACGGGCGCUGCGGAUGAUGCGGAUGCCGACCGCCUAGCAGACCUAAUACGACCUCUUCGCAAAGGCUUUACCUCCGACGUCAAGCUCGACCUUGAGAAGGGCGACAAGAAGUCUCCGGACGCCUCUUUCGCAUACGACGGCUAUCCCAACCCACCGUUCGUCAUUGAAAUCGCGCAUAGCCAAAACGGGAACGACCUUCCCGAACUCGCUGAGGGAUGGAUACGGAAGACCCAGUCCUGGACAAAGACGGUGAUGGUCGUAGACCUUGAAUACCGCAACCCUGUCGAGCGCGCUUCGAAUCCUACACUUCCGCGCAACGCCUGCUAUAAUCUCUACACCUACGCUGUAGUCGAGGAAGGCGGGGAGGAGGUUGCGACUGCAAACACCUUGGGCGACGAUAUAAAAUUCUCUCCUGCUCCAUCACCCGCGGACGACGCGUCCCUCAUCAUCCCCUUUUCACAUUUCCUCCCACAUGGAGUCCUCAACGCCGGGGACCCUAACCCGACCAUCUCCGUCACGCACGACGAGCUCCGCGCCAUCCUUAACAAGGCCGAGGAAACCCAGGCGGUUCGGGACGGGAGAAAGUGCAAGCCUGAUGGUGCCAAGUCCCCACCUCCAAUGCCCAAAAAGUGGCGCUCCACGAAACGAAAGCGAGAGGUUGACGAAAAGCGAGAGCCAGUCCCCCAUCUGUCUAGUUCGUUUGAGUUCGAUGAGGAAGACAUCAAUGAAGAUGACGAUGACAACAAUGGACCGAGAGAGAAGCGCAGGCGCUGAGAUAAUUGGUAGCAAAAACGCACC